AUGGAACAAGCUGCGGAUGAAGUAGAUGAUGCACAUGAUGAUGAGCUGGUGCAUGUGUAUGACAAAGAAAACCCUGUCAUUGAAGUAGGCAAGUUGUUCCCAAGCAUGAAGGAGUUUAGGAUGUGUUUCAAGACUUAUGCAGUGAAACAUGAGUUUGAUGCCAAGACUGUUUGGACUGAUAGAAAUAAGUUUUAUGCGAGGUGCAGAGGAUUUGAUGGUAGUGUGAAGCCUUGCAAGUGGUACAUAUCUGCUAGACUGCAACCUGAUGGAAGUACUGUCAGGGUUAACCAAAUCCCCAAUCAACAUACUUGUAUUACAAGUUCACAGAGAGUAUCAACCAUGACAUCACAACUUUGGGUUGCAGAAAAGAUCACCCCAAUUUUAGCCAAAACACCAAACACUACUGCCAAGAAACUCAAAGUAGACUUGGAAAAGAUGUACCCCAUUAAACUGAAAUAUACCACAGUGUGGAAGGCAAAACAAAGGGCAAUGAAAAAUUUAUAUGGUGAUUGGGCAAAUACAUUUAGGAUGCUUUACAACUUCAAAGCAGAGGUGGAAAAGAGGUCACCUGGCAGUGUUGUGGAGAUAGAUACAGAGGUAUCAGCCAAAGGUGAAGUCAAGUUCUCCAAGUUUUUUAUGGCUUUGAAGCCUUGCAUCGAUGGGUUCAAAGCAGGGUGCCGUCCAUAUUUGAGCAUAGACUCAUCAUUUUUGACAGGCAAGUGGAAUGGUCAGUUGGCAGCAUGCAAUGCUCUAGAUGGACACAACUGGAUGUUUCCUAUUGCUGUUGGCUUGUUUCAGUCAGAAACAGAGGCUUCAUGGACAUGGUUCAUGAUCCAGUUGAAAAGAUGCCUAGGGCCAGUGUCACCUUUGGCUAUACACACAGAUGCAUGUAAGGGGCUUGAAAAUUUAGUGAAAAAUGUUUUCCCACAUGCUGAGCAGAGGGAGUGCUUCGGUCAUUUGUGGAUGAAUUUGAUCAAAAAAUUUAGAGGAGAAGAAUUUGGGCGCAUGUGGCCAGCAGCAAGAUCUUACACUCGACAGACACACAAAUAUCAUCUUGAUAAGAUAAUGGCAGCAUGUGAUGAGUUUGGUCCAUGGCUGAACACCUACCAUUCUUUGUUAUGGUACAGGUCAGCAUUCAACACUGCCAUCAAGUGUGACCACAUCAACAACAAUUUGGCAGAGAGUUUCAACAACAAGGUGAAGGAGUUAAAAGAUUUGCCUGUGCAUGACAUGGUUGACCAAAUCAGGAUCAUGCUCAUGCGGUUGUGGGAAUUGAGAAGAAGGAUAGGUGAUUGUCUGCAAGGUGAUAAGCUUCCAGCAGUGGUACAACAGGUGGUCAAUAGGAGCAUAUGUCUUUCACAUUUGUUUGUUGAAAAAUCUUCACCUUGGGGUGCUGAAGUUAGAGAUAACAAAACUGGAAGGAGACAUGUUGUUAACACUGAAUUGCAUGAUUGCACUUGCCUCGAGUGGCAACACACUGGUAAACCAUGUGAGCAUGCCAUUCUCUUAUUAGCAUCCCAACCGAAGAUAAACAUGCACCCAUAUUUGCAUGAAUAUUAUUCGGUAGCAAGAUUCAAAGCUGCAUAUGCUACUCCAAUUCCAGCACUUACAGAUCAGUCUCAGUGGCCUGAAGUGGACAUUGAAUUUUCCAUGUGUCCUCCCUUGACAAAAAGAAAGGCUGGCAGGCCUAAACAGAGUAGAUUCAAGGCAUGGUUUGAGAAAGGUGGGAGUAGUAAGAAGGGAAAGGAAGAUGGAAAGCCAAAAAGGGCCCAGAAAGGUAACAAAAACAGAUGCAAGUUGUGCCAGGAACUUGGGCACAGAGUGGGGUCUGUCAAAUGCCGUUACACUCCUGAUAAGCCAAAGAGGAAGCGAGCAAGUCAGCCCCUUGUUGUUGAACAGUGUUGGCCAACAAAAAAAGCAAGAGUCAAUGGCGGUAGAAAGAAGAGAAGUGUGCCUGAGCCUGAGCAGACUGAAGAAAAUCUUGCUGCAGUCAACAUUCAGACUGAAGAAACUGCUCUCGAGGUUGAAACUGAACCUGAGCGUGUCGAGGUUCAGACUGAAGAAACCCAUGUUGAGGUACACACCGAAGAAACUGAACCUGAGCGUGUCGAGGUUCAGACUGAAGAAACCCAUGUUGGGGUACACACCGAAGAAACUGAAACUGCUGUCAACAUUGAGACUGAAGACACUGAUCAUGAGGGUGUUGGCGAGGUGUUGAAAAGACCAGUGAAGAAAACCAAGAUGAUCAGUGAACUUGUGUGUGUAGUAGAACCAAAAACAAGAAGUGCUAAGGCGAAGAAGGGCACGCGACGUGGUAGGAAGAGGUAG